AUGGCUGCUGCCAGCUGUCUGCUGUCUGAAGACCAGUUUCUGUGCUGCAUCUGUCUGGAAGUGUUCACAGAUCCAGUCAGUACACCAUGUGGACACAACUUCUGCAAGAACUGCAUCACUCAGCACUGGAACAGCAGUCCUCUGUGUCAGUGUCCAGUCUGUAAAAGGAAGUACUACACAAGACCCGAGCUCCAUGUCAAUACUUUCAUCUCUGAGAUGGCUGCUCAGUUCAAGCUGUCAGCUCAGCAGGAAGCCAGCAGCAGCAGCAGGAGGAGAUCAGAGCAACAGUCUGCUAAACCAGGAGAAGUUCUCUGUGAUGUUUGUACUGGGACCAAACUGAAGGCUCUGAAGUCCUGUCUGGUGUGUCUGACCUCCUACUGUGAGACUCACCUGCAGCCUCAUCAGACUGUUUCAGGCCUGAAGAGACAUCAGCUGAUCGACCCUGUUAAGAACCUGGAAAGAAGGAUAUGUUCAAAACAUGAUAAACUGCUGGAGAUGUUCUGCAAGUCCGAUCAGAUGUGUGUCUGUGUUGUGUGCUCUGUUUCAGACCACAAGCGCCAUGAUGUUGUUCCUCUGAAAGAGGAAUACAAAGUGAAGAAGGCAGGGCUGGUGAAGAAACAGGCUGAAAUUCAAGGAAUGAUCCUGAAGAGACUGGAGAAGGUUCAGGAGGUUAAACGCUCUGUGCAGCUCAGUAAGGAAGAGGCAGACAGAGAGCUGGAGGGGGGUGUUCAGUUCUUUGCUGAUUUGAUGGAGUCUAUAGAGAUAGGUCUGAAUGAGCUGACAGAGGCGGUCAAAGAGAAGCAGAGAACAGCAGAGAAACAGGCUGCAGACUUCAUCAAGGAGCUCGAGCAGGAAAUCUUUGAGCUGACGAAGAGAAGCUCUGAGAUGGAUCAACUCUCAAGCUCAGAAGACCACCUCCAGUUCAUCCACAACUUCUCUUCUGUGAAAACUGUUCCACCCACUAAAGACUGGACCAACACCAGUAUCCAUCCACCUUCAUAUGAAGGGAUGGUGGUGAGAGCUGUGAGUCAGGUGGAGAAGAAGCUAAAUGACCAGAUGAAGAGUCUGUUUGAGGACGAGCUGAAGAGAGUCCAGUGGUACAGAUGUUAUGCCAUGCUUGAUCCUGAUACGGUUCACCCCAGACCCCCCCAGUAUAAAGGGAAUGAUUCCGGCAGUCCACCUGUCCUGAGGUCGAAGCCUGAGAAGGUGGGCGUGUACGUCCACUACGACGAGGGUCUGGUCUGCUUUUAUGACGUCAGCACUGCAGCUCUUAUCUACUCCUUCUCUGACUGCUCCUUCACUGAGAAGCUCUACCUGUUCUUCAGUCCCUGUUCCAAUGAUGGUAAUAACAUCCACACUGGUGGGUUCGGCUGCGUAAUACAAUAA